AUGGUAAUGGCCAUGUUUCAAACAAAAAGGCAGAUAGUUGUAUGGACAAGGCUGACUACAGGCAGAACAAGAACAAUCAAGACACGGGGUCUGAAGAUGAUCAACCUUGAUAACAGUGAACUGACACAAAGUAAAGGCAAGGCUCGUCAGCACGAUAGUUUUGACUGCGCACAAAUAGAAGGUGAGGAUGAGGUAGCUGCAGGUGAGAACAAAAACAGGAACAGAGGCGAGAGUGAGGAGGAUGAGAACAAGAACGAUGAGGACGAGGAGAAUGAGAAUGAGAAUGAGAACGAGGGUGAAGAUGGCAACUUUGCUUCAUGUGCAACAUCCAAGACCAAUGCUGCAGGGUUUGAGAAUGAUGACAAUGUGUUUUAA